AUGUUGCUCCUGCCUGGCUGCGAUGGACCGCCCCAUGCACGGAGGCAGCCGAACGUGGGUCCGAUAUUUUUCCUGUCCGUCGCGUGUGGAGCACAGCCAGCGACGAGGACAGCCGAAGGCGGGUGUUGGUGUUCGUCCCUCUGGAGGCGGUCGACGUCGCAGUUUUGGCAGUUUUCAUGGAUGCCUGACGCGGUGGAGCCUGGAACCCUUCGCAGCGGUUCCGCCACAGCGGUCGUGUUCAUGAUUCUCGGAGGUCAAGUGGUCGUCUACAUUUUUUUGUUCGCCACGUUGCAGUGCGAUUUUCAUGUGCAUGUAGACCUUUCCUCGAAUUGGAGAGCCCACGAUGGCCCCGAGAUGUACCCCACACGACCCAAUACGGCAUCCAGAUAG